AAAGAACUGUGCACUUUCAGCUGUCACCGAGGGUAACUCAGAUUAGGCUUAGAAAUCACUUGACUUAACUCAGCAGCACUUUUUUUUUUCUUUGUGUAUGUAUUACUUUAGCAGUCUUCUUUAAAUACCAGAGGCAUUGGAUUUCAUGUCGGUAAAAGGAAUUUAAAAAUGCCAAAACUGUAAUCUAUUAGAAAUAGUUAAUUUGUAGAAUUUUACUCUAUAAGGGGGUUUAGUUUCAAUUCAUUUUGAAAUGAAAGAAUAAUUAAGUUGUAUUUUUAGCCAAAUGAAUUGGCAUCUUUAGGAGAAGUAACAUUGGUCAUUAUUUAUUUCAAGAAUCAUGACUGGAAAAAGCUUGGAAGUUUAGUAGAGGAGUAUAUGUUGUACAUGCAAAGACAAGAUCUGCAUGAAUCUGUGUAUUUCUGGGUGUCUGGUGAAGGCCAUUUUAGGUGACUGGCCAAGAGAAGGAGUGCUCUAGUGAUCCUUGAGUCACAGCCAUACUGCUAGGACCAUGACUACCAUACCAAGAAAAGGCAGCAGCCACCUGCUUGGCAGUUUGCACACCUGUCAACUGAAGCUGCAGGAGGACCGGCAACAGCAAGAAAAAUCUGUCAUUGCUCAACCAAUAUUUGUUUUUGAAAAGGGAGAACAUACUUUUAAGAGACCUGCAGAAGACACCCUGUAUGAAGUAGCAGAACCAGAACGUAAUGGUUUUUCAAGAAAGCGUGUACGGUCUUCAUCUUUUACUUUUCAUAUUACAGAUUCUCAGUCCCAGGGAGUGUCAACCUUGUCUCAGAAACAAAUGAGAUCUUCAUCCGUCACUAACCUCCCAACCUUCCCCCAUUCUGGGUCAGUGAGGAAAAACAAUAUUUUUAUGAUAUCGACUCUUGUGCAAAGUAAUGUUGAUAUAAAGAGUGCUGAACAAGGUCCUGUGAAACAUUCUAAGCAUGUUAUUAGACCUGCUAUUUUGCAGCUACCUCAAGCUCAAAGUUGUACAAAAGUAAGAAAAACAUUUGGACACAAGGCACUGGAAUCCUGCAAGAUUAAAGAAAAAACAAAUAAUAAGAUUUCUGAGGGAAAUUCCUAUUUGUCAAGUGAAAACUUAUCAAGUGCCAGAAUUUCAGUCCAGCUGUCUACUAACCAGCACUUUUUAGGUGCAACAUCAGUAGGAUGUCAACCAAAUGAAGAUAAAUGUUCUUUUAAAAACGGCAGUUCCAAUUUUGUUUUUGGAGAAAACAUGGUAGAAAGAGUUUUGAGUACUCAAAAACUCACCCAGCCUCAACUUGAAAAUGAUUCAUACACCAAGGAAAAACCAUUCAAAUCCACUCCGAAAUUUCCUGUCAACUUUUUAAGUUCAAGAACAGACUCCAUUAAAAAUACUUCCCUAACUGAAUCAGCUGCUGCAUUCUCUUCCCAACCAUCACGAAAAUGCUUGCUGGAGAAAAUUGAUGUUAUAACAGGGGAGGAAUCAGAACAUAAUGUGUUAAAGAUCAACUGCAAGCUUUUCAUAUUCAACAAAACAACACAAUCCUGGAUUGAAAGGGGCAGAGGAACGUUGAGACUGAAUGAUACAGCAAGCAGUGACUGUGGAACAUUACAGUCAAGACUAAUUAUGCGCAAUCAAGGCAGUUUAAGGCUGAUCCUCAAUAGCAAACUCUGGGCCCAAAUGAAGAUUCAAAGAGCAAACCACAAAAAUGUACGAAUAACAGCUACUGAUUUAGAAGACUAUAGCAUCAAAGUAUUUUUAAUUCAGGCCAGUGCCAAAGAUACAGCAUAUUUGUAUGCAGCAAUACAUCAUCGUCUUGUUGCACUUCAAAGCUUCAGUAAGCAGAAAGAUGUCAAUCAAGCUGAAAGCCUGUCAGAAACAGUCCAACAAUCGAACUGCGAAAGCUGUGAUGAGAAUGAGGAUGAUUUCAUUCAAGUCACUAAAAAUGGAUCAGAUCCUUCUAGGUGGACUCACAGACAGUCGGUUGCCUGUUCAUGAAUACUACCUGCUAUAAACAUGACAUCUACAAAAAGAGGGUUCACCCUACUGAAAAUACUAAACCACCCUAACUAAUGAGAAGAUUCUAUUCAUUCCUUGAAGAGUUUUUAUAGAAAAGUUUAAGAUAUGUAAUUUGUUACAAUUAACAUUUUUAUGUUUUACAUUUAACAUUUUGAUUAUUGUGCAGAAACUGACAGAAUUUAAAAAAAUAAAUGGACUUCAGAAGUUCAAAAUUUAUCAUUUUUGAAGAAGUUUAUUUAGAAUAGGAUUUUAUAACUAAUUUGGACGCUUCAUCACAUUGAUGGAUAUAAUACUCAGAAUUAUAAAUUGCUAGAUUUGAUAAAUACCUACCAAAAUGUUUAUUUUUUUCAGUCACACACUGACCAUAAAACAAAUAUUUUACUAAAUUUCCAGAGUCAUUUCUUUGAAAAACAGUAUAAUUGCAUCAUAACAUUUCACUAAAUCCUAUUUAUCUUCUGGGAAAUGUAUAUUUUAAUUUUAGCUUUUGGAUUUCCUAAAUACGAUAAGCGUAUAUAUUCAUGGUAUGAAUUUCUUUAAAAAGAGCAUCUGCUCUUGGACUUGUAUCUGUUGCAUCUUGUCAAUGCUUGACUCAUGGUCAGCAUCCAAUAGUUGUUAAACGAAUAAAUAAAUAUAAUACAUUA